UGUACUAUCGCUUUAACAACCAUCAGCUGUUCGCCGGCGCAUUACGUGAUAUCUUUUGGUUGUAAAAUUGUUAAAUAUUCCAUUAAAAUGAAUCAAGCUGAUGUUUCAAAGCUAAUGUCCCAGCUGCGAAUUGCCAUUAGGCCCAGGCAUCGCAAUUUGAAGAACAAGGAUGGCCCGGAAGGUCGGCUGCUGAAGUUACGAAAAACAGUGACUGCGUUGGUGAAGCACGAGAGGAUUGAGCUCUUCUAUAACCGCGCAGAUGAAGCUCGUGGCUACGCUGAACUGCUUAUUUCUAAUGCCAUACGUCAUGGAGACACUCACAAUGCUACCAUGGAAAUGGCCGAUUACUGGCUGCUGGAGAAACAGUUGGUGCACAAACUCUUCAAGGUGCUGGUGCCUCGUUACGAGAACUAUACAGUCUCCUACACUCGCAUGUUCAAUGCGCCAAGGACUUAUCCGGGUAUAUACUACAAGAAUUCCGUCUUGGAGCUCAGGGGAAAUCCCUACCCUUCGUUGAUAGUGGAUCAAUCACAAAACAAGAAUCUACUGCACAACGUGCUCCUGGACGAAGCGAGGAAAGAGUACCGGCGUAAGAAACUGGCCGAGUUGGCGCAAUAAGGCCCAUUUUGAUUUAAAAUACAUUUAAGACUUGAGAAGCGCUUUAUUAUAAAUGUUUGUAUAUUUUAAACCUA